CCGCACGCAUCAAACACGCGAUCCCGCCGCCAACUCUGUUGAUGACCCCGCGCCGGCGUCGCCCCGCACUCACACGCCACCGCUAACGGCCGGCCGCCAUGGCCUCAUCCUCCGAGUCCGAGUCCAGCAAGCCCGCGCGCCCUCCGUCCCGCGACUUCCUCGCCCACCUCGAGGCCUACCUCGCCCGCCGCGACGGCGUCGACAAGCUCCUCAAGAUCUCCCGCUACUCCGCGCGCCUCGCGCUCGCCGCGGGCCCGCCGCUACCGCCCGCCGCCGCCGCCCGCCUCAAGUCCUUCGAGUCCAGCGUCGGGCUCAGCCGCAAGGCCUUCCGCCUCGGCAAGUUCGUGCAGUCCCUCAACGCCCUCCGCGCCCACCCGCACCCGCCCCCGGUCCUCGCCAUCCUCGCGUGCGGCGGCGAGGGCGUCUCCUACUUCCUCGAGCAGUUCGUCUGGCUCGCUAAGGCGGGGCUCCUGCCAGCGCACCUCCUCCCGCGCCUCCAGCGCCUCAGCGCCUGGGCCGAGCUGCUGGGCUCCGUCGGCUCCAUCGCGAUUAAGCUGGAAGAGGUGGCGAGGAUCGAAUCGUCCAUCAAGAAGUGCCUUGCGGAGGGCAGCGGGGAGGAGAGCGAGGCCGUGAGGACGAUGCGUGGUAAGCUGCUGCUGAAGCGGAUGUCGGUGGUGCAGGACGUGGCGGACGCGGUCAUGGCGCUCGGAGACGUCACUAACGGGAAGGGUUUGCUCGGGAGCUCCACGCUGAUGGCAUCCGCAGGCCUGCUCUCGGCGUUGAUCAGCACGCACAAGAACUGGAAUUCUUGUUGAAUCCGGAAGGCAGAUACAAAUUAUAUUUCAUUUAUAAUGCCCUACACGUUGGCCUAACUCAAUCAACCUGGGAAGAAAGGUGAGUAUCUGCAUUUCUAUGUCUCAGAGCAAAAUAGAACUUCCGGAGCAGUCUAAUUGUAAGGAUUCAAUUACUGUAGAAAAUUUUCAUUACCUCCAAAUUGCAACCUGACUUUGUCUUUCAUAUUGAUAAAGGCAAAUGUGCAAGUGACAGAUGCAAAUAGCAUCGUAAUAUCUCUCUUCUUAGGCCCUGUUUGUUUGCCCAUGAGAUUAUAUAAUCCAGCAUAAAAUCUGAAAAAAUAAUCUCACAAGGAAACAAACACUCCAGCUGAUUCAUCAGAUUAUAUAAUCUACACCCGUAGUAGAUUAUAAUAAUCCAUAAGCUGCUGAAAACGUGCUUAUUUCAGAUUAUAGUAAUCUAGACCUCAAAUAAUCUAUGUUGCCAAACAGCUCAUAGAUUAUUUCAAUCAAGUUUAUAAUAAUCCAGAUUAUAUAAUCCAUCACAUAUAAGCUAGAUUAUAUAAUCUUGCUUAACAGGGCCUUAUUCAUUAGCUGUUGAUUCAUGCAAUGCCAUAAAUUAUGUCAAUCUAUGUUUCAUGCAUUCAUGCAGCUGUGGUUGCCUGGCUGGCAAUAGCAUGACAUGAGAAUCUAAUAUUGUGGUGCGCCCUGAAAUUCGCUCAAUUUUGACUCUUCUGUUAAGAUGAUCAGCUGAGAGGGACUUAAACAAUGUUGCUGUGGUAGCGAUUAGGGAGCCUUAAUUGCUUCAAGGUUCUGCAGUAUGGUAACAAGGUUUACCAUGUUUAGUAAGGCAAUGAUGCAGCCACGUUUGAUAUGAAAAUCUGUAUCCUUUAUUCAUGGGAGCAAGAUCAGAUAAAGAUGUUUCCCUUCGAGCAAGCUGACUAAGUUCAACUUAAGGCUGUCCUUGGUUACGCUGUUAGAUUUUGGGUGUGAUUUGUAUUAACAUAUUGCUUAAGCUUUAAUGCAAACCAAAUUAUCCUCUUUUUAUUACAGCAUCAAGACAAUUAAUUAAUAAAUGAGACAAUAAAGAGGAUUACAGCAAUUAAAGGAUUUAAUUAGCAAUGAACAUAUUACUAUUCUUGUUGAAUUUGAUUUGUGUUUACUAUUUUCCAAAUAAGUUUAGGAUUUUUUUUGUAUAUCUGCUUAUAUUGAUGAGACUGUAGGGGACUCUCAUUAUGGCUUCACUGUUCUGACAAUUUAAACAUGCCCAUUACUCCAGCUGCAUAGUUUGGAAACUUAAUAGUACUCUGUAUUUGCAUUUUAUUGUUUACCAUGUAACACAUGAAUUAUUCAUGUGCUGCUUAUAUAGAUGAGCUAUAGGAGGAUUAAUUUGCCUUUGCUGUUGUACCUAUUGAAAGAUAUUUGGAUGCAUACAUUUGACAAAUCAUGGCUGCAGUUAUAUGUCAGGGUCACAAGUUGGAUUACA